UGAACCCUCACAAGAAGAAGACGACGACGUAGUCGCAGAAGAAGAGCUCGACAUUUCCGGUGUGUGUCGGCCUUGUCCUUGGGUUAUAUCGUCGCUGGCGAGUUUCACCACACUAAUAAAAAUGGUUUCAUACUGGCGGCAAGCUGGGCUCAGCUACAUUAGGUACUCGGCGAUCUGCGCCAGGGCCGUGCGCUCAGCGCUGAAACCUCAGCUCAGGACCGAAGCGAUCAAAAACGCAGAGGCUAACGUGAAGGUCACUAAACUAAAGACGACCUAAUGAGAAGAGACAUAAGUCGGUUGUUUGAGAGACUGCUGAUGGGGUUGUCUGUAGAAGACUUUAGUAAAUGUACCAGUUGUAUUCUGUUGAUGAUAAUAAAUUAUGAUUAAUUUUGUCAAUA